AUGAUAAAAUCUAGAUAGAACUCCUUACAGGCUAUUAGAAUUAAUUAAUCAAGCGAAAAAAUUAUGAAAGUUAUUCCAAUCAAACCAACAUCAUAGAGCGAGUUUCAAAAUAAGAAAUCAACAGAUCACUUGGACCCUAACGAACUCAGACCUUUCUUAGAAGACUUAAUGAGAAGAUAUGAUAAAAUGGCGAUCGAAUUACAAGCUGCCUAAGCAAAAGUACUCAAUACCAUUUCCCAUUAGAAUUAUGAAUAUAACGAUCAAAAUUAAAAAUUAAUUAGAGAAAAUGACUAACUCAAAUAAGCAGCCAAAUCCAGAGAGGAGGAGGUCAAUUCCCUAUAUUCUAAGUUAGUAGGAUAUUAAAAUAAGUAUGGCCAAUAGAUCGAUCAACUAUAAAAUGAUAGUGUGAAAGUAGUGCAAGUGCUGACCUAAAAAAUUGAAGACCUUGAAUCUGAAUUAAAGUAUUACUCCCUAUAUUACUAAGUAAAACCUAAAAUGAUUUGGAUUACAAUAAAGGAUUAUUAAUUUUGAGAGAAUAAGAGGUCUUAGAAUGGAGAAGCAGAAGAUAAUUCGAUGAAUCUAAAACUCUAAAAGAACUCAACUAAAUGAAACAAACAUUGUAAUCAAAGGAAUAAGAAUUGCAAGCAUUAAGAAUAAAAUAUGAUUUCAAAUAAAAAACAACCUAGUCAUGUUCAGGAUAAUAAUUAGAAUUAGAUGCACUGAGAUAAGAAUUAUAUAUUAAAGAAUAAUAGCUAGAGAAAAUAAAUAAUUAGGAGAAUUCUGAACAAUGUAUCAUUUAUUAAAAUGAAAUAAAUAGAGUUAAUAAAAUUGUAAUUAUUUCUAUUCUAUUUUUAAGGUUGUAGAAUUAAGAAGCGAAGUGGAAAAGCUUAAAUAAGAGUAGGUAGAUUACGAAUGGUUAAAGAGAAGAUAUGAAAAGGAACAUUAAACUUAUUCUACUUUAAGAGUUUGAAAAUUAUUAUA